CCCUGUAAGGAAGAGCUGCUUGCGGCCCACGUUGCUUCCCUCGGGAGCUAAACUGCAUCCACGCGCCUUAGAAACGACAAUUUAAUACUCUAUUCCGUAAGCAAUUAAGUAAGCAGGGCUGUUUCGUCAUUACAAAAUCGUCAACCCCACAAAAUCUUAUCUUUAUUAUUGUCGUAGAAAGUUCUUCAUUGCGUACCCCAACCGCCAUGCCUAAAAUUCUACAUAUACCCAUCCACACGCUCCAUAGUUUCUCACCUCAUAACAUUCUUCCUUUUCCCAUUCUUCUCCAUCACUUCGCUACUCCUCACGUUCGCAUUUCUUCCAUGAAAAGACAGAUACAAAACGGAAACAUAGAGAGCCUAGAUCUGGCAAUCUCUCUAAUGCUUCUCUCUCAAGCACCACCACAGCACAAGUUCCUCAACAAUAUCCCAUCAGUACGUCAAGAAUUUGCAUGCAAGACCUGCAACCGCAAGUUCUCGUCGUUUCAGGCGCUGGGAGGUCACAGAGCCAGCCACAAGAAGCCCAAACUUGAUUCCCAAGCAGACCUACGAAAACCCAAUUGGGAGCACCAGUGCUCUAUUUGUGGCCAGCGAUUCUCUCUGGGACAAGCCCUUGGAGGCCACAUGAGAAAGCACAGAGCAGCCCUGAACGAAGACUCUGCUUCUAUAACUGAGGUGGUUUCUGAAGUUCCUGUUCUCAAGAGAUCUAACAGUAAGAGGGUUAUGUGCUUGGACUUGAACUUAACCCCUCUCGAGAACGACUUGAAGUUGCUUUUCGGAAACAAGGCUCCUUCCGUUGAUCUUACCUUGUGCUGAUCACCUUCUGUACUUUUUGGGCCAUUCGUUCAUUCUUCUAUUCUAUGUUAACUAGGUUGUUUAUAUUCAUUCGGGAUUAUUUUCAUUGUGCACACUGCACAACAUUAGACUUGCCCUGUAGUACGUAGCACUUCUGUAAAUUAUUACAAGACUUCUUUAAAAUUUUUAGCUGCUACUAAACUCUCAAAACACACCCAGAGUGCCGAAGAAAUAUAUGGAUUGGCUGGUUAAGAACCAUUGAGUA